AUGGAAGAGGCAGCAGAGGGAUGUGUGUGGACGGGGACUCGGGUCUCGUCCUCACCACUGAUCCCAAACCUCGUCUCCGUUGGACCGCUGAGCUUCACGAACGCUUCGUCGACGCUGUCUCCCAGCUCGGCGGCCCCGACAAGGCGACACCUCAAGAGCCAUCUCCAGAAAUUCAGGCUUGGGAAGCAGCCUCACAGGGAGCACUCUAUCAAAGAUACUAACAGAGCUUCGAUGUUGGAUCUUCAACGAAAUACCGUAUUCUCCCCUGGCAUAAUUAGUCAUAAUACGAGCGAGAUGCAGAUGGAGGUCCAACGGAGGAUUCAUGAACAGAUAGAGGUGCAGGUGCAGAGACACCUUCAUCUAAGGAUAGAAGCACAGUCGAUGUUAGAGAAAGCUUGUCAGACCCAAGCAACCCUCAAAGGAGGUCAUCAACCUCUCUUGUUCCAAUAUCAUCAUCUAAACCCAUAUGACGCUAAUGAUGGAAACAAGAGCUCAGUCCUGUGGGUAGAAGAGCCGUCCUCUUCCCAGCUGCUUGGAUCUGAAUCUGUUGGUAAAGAUAUCGAUUCCACGUUACAUCUUUACGACAUGAAGCCAAAUUUCUCUGAAGAUGCUCCGACCACUCAUCGCACACCUUGCCUUGGAUAGAACAUGAUUGCUUCUCUGACACUUACUACUUGACUGUAUAAUACAAGGAUGUUUGUUGAGGUUGUAAUAUACGAUUCUCGGAAUAAGUGGGCCGUCUAAGGCUUUUGAAUAGGCCCAUCGGUCAAAGUGAUGUUUGACUUGGUUUACAAAGUAAAGGUCUGGGUUUCCUUGUCCCUUCUCACACUUCACCUCCAUCU